AACUCCAAGCAACCCGCCCCCUAACCCUGUCCCUAACCCGCCAGCAAACCUGGGUUCCGACUCAGACCCCCCGACCCCGAUGGCGGGCCCCACAGCACCAUCCCUCUUCUCAAGCCGCCCGGUGAAAAUCUUCCUGGCGAUCUCCUCCGUUCUCUGCCUCUUCUUCUUCUGGAGCGUGAUCCUCUCGUCGAUGUGGACGUUUGAGGCGGACCUGACCGACGGCGCAGAGGGGGGGGAGCAAGUGUGCCACGUCCUGGUCAUCAGCACGUACCCCCCACGGAGGUGCGGCAUCGGCGUGUUUGCCGAGAACUUCAUCAAUGCGAUGCGCUCCAUGGGUCCCGAGUUCUCGCGCCGCACGGGCGCCGACCGCCGCUGCGAAUACUCCGUCAUUGCUUUUGACGAUCCCGACUCCACGGCCGCUUACAAUGCGUCCACCGUUCUUGGGAUCAUAAACCUCGACGCCGACGUCCCGUCCCGCGCGUUUUGGAACGCCUCGCAGUACGUGAUCGAGCACCAGAAGCGGACGGUGAAGAAUCUCAAGAGCCCCGACGUGCUGAGCAUCCCGAAGAAGGAUCUCCCGUUCACGCACAUGGUGAUGCAGCUCGAGUUUGGGCUGAUCAAGAUCAAGUGGCAGGCGCUGGACUUGGUCAGGUGGAUGACCGGCACUCUCGACGCCAUCGAAGGCAUGCCCCAUCUGCACACGUCGAUCGUCGUGCACUCCCCCUACGCUUACCCCUGCCUGGAGGAGAAGGGUUUCGUGCGCCACUUGAGUUACUUCUCUGACGCGUUUAUCGUGAUGAGCUGGCACGCGUACCACUCGAUGGUCUCGGCGUACGGCGUCGACAAGUCCAAGGUGUUUUUCAUCCCUCACGCCGUGCGCAAACCCAGGGAGCUCGCAGAGAUUCCCCGCAACAUCGAGGGGGUUUCCCUUCCCGACGCUCGUCAGGGGGGGCUCUCGCUGGAACAGCUCGAUAACUUAUUGGCGCUCCCCCAAGAUGACCCCCGCCGCCCCCUGCUCAUCUUCAACAACGGGCUUAUUCACAUCCACAAGGGUUACGACCGGGUUAUCCGUAACCUGAAGGCGAUUAUCGAGCAGGUUCCGGAACGACCGAUUGUUGUGCUGAUCCAGGGGAGGGAGGCGCGGACGAACGAGGAAAAGGAUAUCAUGAAGAAGCAUCUGCAGUAUGCGGCGGAGCUCGGGGUGGCCCAGCACAUCAUCUGGCAGGACGAGUACGUCGAAUCCGAGGAGGUCGACCGGCGCUUAUACGGCAGUGACGUAUACAUGACGCCGUAUGACGAAAUCACUCCCACAUCCGGCGCGCUCCUCGAGGCGAUGGCGCACGGGUGCGCGAUCUUGUCGACCGCUUAUCGCCACGCGACUGAGGUCUUAUCGUCCGACCGCGGCGUUUUGGUUCCGUUCGAGGACGACGACGCAAUAGCUGCCGGGUUUGUGAAACUGCUCAAGUCGCGCGAGGUUAGGGAGGGUUACGGUAACCGUGCAAAGUCCUUCGUCAAGAACUGGACCUGGGAACGGGUUGCGUUACAGUAUCACGCGUUGCUGGCGAAGUUAGAGAUCGACGCGGCGGAAAUUUGGGGAAAGGGACUGCAGUUGCAAACACCUGGGGCGGCGUAUGUGGAAGAAUUGCUUCUACCGGUGGCGCCCGAUCCCUUUUACCUGGAUCCGGCGUUCGACUCGCACCUUUACCCCCCCCGCGACAGGGACGAUUCCGAGCUGGCGACGAUCACCCCCGAGAACAACGUGGUCAACAGUUUCCGCCCGUCUUCCGCCCACUGGUCCGAGAAUCUGGUGACGACGUUCAACGGGCUUACGCUCUUCAGCGAGAAGAAGUUGGCGGAAUACGAGGGGGGCGUGCUUCCCAAGGAUCUCCGCAUGGCGCCGGGGGUCUACGUCCUGUUCUCGGACAAGGAUCUGCAGGUUAAUGGCAAGAUCGCCGCCCGCUCCGAGACGGGCUACCUCCUCUCCCGCGUCGGCAUCCGCUGGCACUACACGUGGAUCCUUGCUGACAUCACCAUGGGUCUGGACCUAGAGACGUUCGAUCCAGAUCCGGACCACCGCGUCGAUCUGUCCGAAUUUGUACAGAUCGAUCGGAUCGAACCUGAGCCCGGGAAAGAGGGGGCGGGCUGGCGAGAGCGCCUUGUGCUGCGCGCACGUCAGGUGUGGGUUACCGUGGUCGUUCACAUGAACAAGGAGGUUACCGUAACCCUGUCCCAACCCGACCGGUUCAGCCAUCCCCUGGGGCUGCUGGGCCAGACAGUCAGGUGCCAAUGGGACCGGUUUAGCAUCGACACCGAAUGCAAGAAGCUUUUCCACGACGAUAUCAAGAGUCUGGUCCCAGACCAAUGGCGGAUGAGCCUCCUUGACGGAAACAACAUUUUCAGCACGAAUGUCAAGGGCCAGACGUGGCAGCUCUUUGGAAUUAGGCUGAACGCAUUUGAGUUGGACGAGGAGAUGAUGACGGGAACUCUGUUCGAUUACUACGACACUAGCGACACCGACACCGUCCUGAAAUUCCGCUUGGAGGGCCCCAUCCUGGACAAUUGCGGGUUUGCGAUGGUUAACCGCCAGUUAUGGUUCGGGUUAAGCAUCCGCCAGCAGCUGCGGCACAACUGGCGGUCGACGCUGCCGAACCCGUACAACGGAGACUUCGAAAUCGAAGUGGAGGUCAUCCCCUCGGAAGACACGGUGUCAGUCGAACAGUACGAGAAGGCGGCUUCUCCAGGGAGCGUUCUCCACAUGCUUAUCUACACCGCGUAUAAGAAGCAGAUCCAACAACCCGAACAGACCAACUCGCCGGUUGUGUCGGUAUUCCGGAACCACUGGCCGCCCAAGUUCCAGUUCCCCAACGAGUCGUUGCCUGCCGAAGUGGCGGCCGGAAACAAGAUUGUUUGGAUCCACCAGCAACCGUGGGAAUUUUACGGCAUUCCCAAAGCUUGGGUCAACUGGUUCGCAAACUCGGUCGACGCGCUCUGGGUUCCUAGCCGGCAUUGCGAAGUCGGCUACCGGGCCAACAGCAUUCCGGCGCACAAGAUCAACGUCGUGCGGCACGGCGUUUCCUUCCAAAAGAUCCAGACUGUCAACCCCGGAAUGGCUUCCGGCGGCGCUUUGGCUCUCCCCGAAAUGGCGAAGGCCCUUCAGUCCAAGUCGUUCAAGUUCCUGUUCAUUGGCGGCGCACUCCCGCGCAAAGGGAUUGACCUCCUUCUCCGCGCAUUCGCCGAGACGUUUUCCACGCACGACGACGUAUCGCUUAUCGUGCACUCCAUAUACGGGGACGAGUUCAAGACCCACGUGAUGGAAGCGCUCGAGACGCAGUACGACAAAUACCCGGAGAUCGUGUUCCUGAAACAGGAGCUGACGUGGGUGGAUAUGGUCUUAUUGUACCGCUCCGUGGACGUGUACGUCUGCCCGUAUAGAAACGAGGGCUUUGGGCUGACGAUCGUAGAGGCGAUGGCCAACUCCCUGCCUAUUAUCAUUACACGUGGCGGCCCCGCAUUGGAGAUCUGCGAGGAUGACCACACGUUCUGGGUGGAGGCGGAGUGGACCACGUGUCGCGACGUGAAGCCGUGCGAGGCGAACGGGACCAUGAUCUUCGGACAGGAGUUGGCAGUGCCGGCGUCUUGGUUUGAGCCGAGUUUGGGAAGCCUCAGCGCCGCGUUCCGGAACGCCUACCGGGCGCCCAUUCCGGUGCUCCGGCGGAUGGGUGAAGCGGCGCGGCGUCGCGCGGCGGAACUCACGUGGGAGCCCGUUUACACCGAGCUGGAGAGCACUCUGUCAAAGUAUACGGUCGCGGGGCAAGCCGCCCUUGUCAGUUGAUUAUUCUCUAGACAAUUAGGAGCAUCUCGCACUAAUUUUCGCAUAGUUCGCGCUAGGGCGUUUCCAUUUCAUAAGGUAUUUCGGCCCAGUCGACGGGCCACUGAAGAAUCCAACUUACAGACCGCUCGUUACUGCUCGUUUCGCUUGUUUUGCAAAUCUGGAUACGGACCCGGGAGCGAGACUAGCCAAGUAGCCCUAGCCACGUUCCCUAAAAGAAACUGUAAGCGCUGUACGUGUGAUUUGUACCAUGCAAAGAAGUGACUUACUGCAAGUCAAGAGGUUAAUCAGCUUGCAUAUAUGGCGCUGCGUUCCGGCUGGC